AAUUGUUUCUGUACGAACGCAGCGGCACUUCCGAGCGGAGGAAAGGAAAGAACCGAAGGAAGGCGGAACUCAAAUCUCUGCGUUAAUCCAAUUUCACCAGCAUUUUUCACGUCCGUGGCGGCACCGUCAAUCGCACGCCCGAUCGAUCGCCUCCGAUUUGCGCAGAUAUCAAUCGCGUUUGUUUAGGCUCGACGACGGAUUUGAGAUCUUCGCGAGGUUUCUCUUCUGCGCUCGUGCCGUUUUGGUCGGAUUCUUGAGUUUCGAGUUGCGGCGCGGAUCGUAAUCUCUGCCCUGCAAAAGCUGGCUAUGGAUUACGAGCCUUACGACAGUAGCGGAACUGAUGAUGAUUUUCCUCCACCUCACCAAAAUCGGAUUUCAAGGGGAGGCCGUGUUGCUGGCAAUGGAAGGGCUUCUGGUAAUGGAAGGCCUGCUGCCAUGGGUUCUGUUCCAUAUCCUGUGAUGUAUGACGAGGCAGAAAUGGAAAACCAAAUUCAUCAGCUUGAACAAGAAGCAUACAGUUCUGUUCUACGAGCCUUUAAAGCUCAAGCUGAUGCCCUUACUUGGGACAAGGAGGGUUUAAUAACCGAAUUAAGAAAAGAGUUAAAAUUGUCGAAUGAGGAGCACAGGGAUAUUCUCAGCAGGGUUAAUUCGGAUGAGACAAUCAGAAGAAUAAGGGAAUGGAGAUCAUCUGGCGGGAUUCAACCGGGCGUCCAUGUUGCUAAUCAUGCACUACGCGAGGCAGUGCCAAGUCCUUCUGUGUCAGCUUCACGUAAAAAACAGAAGGUAGCCUCGACGCUACCUUCCCAAUCCUUUGGUGGCCCACCCCCUCCUUUCCACACACAGGGAAUGGCAGGAACAAACCAACAAUCCUCAAAACGAGGAUCCAUGACAGGCUCAAAAGUUAAAAAGCACAAACCCGGUCUGCCAGGCUCAUCUUCAAUGAAGAUGCAAUAUUCCUCUGGUCCAGCUGGUAGAGGUCAGUUUGGUAACCGGUUUGGGACUGGUGGGGUCACUAAUGAGGCUGCAGGGGGAGGUUCAUUUGAUCCAUUGAUUGGAAGGAAAGUACGUACCAGAUGGCCUGAUGAUAAUAAUUUCUAUGAGGCUGUUAUAACUGAUUAUAAUGCAGCUGAGGGCCUACAUGCACUUGUUUAUGACAUAAAUACUCCAAAUGAGACAUGGGAAUGGGUCAACCUAUCUGAGAUUUCUCCUGAGGACAUACAAUGGGCAGGUGAAGACCCUGUAAUUUCUCGCCAUGGAAAUUAUGGUGGACCAGGCCAUGGACUGAACCAUUCUCUGGGGCGAGAUAACAUUGCUCCUGGUCCCGGAAGAGGGAGAGGAUUGCCAAAAGGUCAUUCCAGGAAGGAUUUUCCACCUUCCCAGAAUGGCCUUGGCAAGAAGGGACCUGACGACAUACAGUUGCUUCAUACCGAGACUCUCAUUAAGGAGGUAGAGCGGAUUUUUGGUGCCAGUCAUCCCAACCCUGUGGAGAUUGAGAAAGCUAAGAAUGUGCUAAAGGAGCAUGAACUUGCGCUUACGGAAGCCAUUGCAAGACUAGCCGAUUUAUCUGAUGGUGAAAGUGACGAGGGUGGCCGCUUCAUCCAUGGGCAGGCAAUAGAUCGAGAAUAAAUACAGAAGAAGGUGGUAGAAGGGUGACAAGAUUGGGAAGGUUUUAGACAAGGUACCUAGCAAUUAGGACCAGAAUUGAGCGAUGAGGUAAGAACCAGAAAAACUGAUAUUAGGGGCAUUGGAUUGUGAUACAAAUGCAAUUUGCAGCAGCUGCCUUAAGUCCCCGUUAGCCCCCUAACAUUUUGAUUGUUUCAGGUCUCACUAAAUUAGGGUUUUGUUCUUUCAUUAACAUUAGUGUUUCUUUUGUAAAAUAUUGCUGCUGCUGCUGCUGUUGGUGAUGAUGAUGAUGAUGAUGUAAAAAUUUCAAGUCUUGGCUGCGGUCUAUUAAAGUUUCUCUUCUUUCUCCUC